AUGGGACUUCUCCACAUGACAUACGCUACAAACCACGACACAGUGGACGGUUCAAGAGACGACACAAAUGAUAUGAGGAUUGUGCUGCUGGGAAAAACUGGAGUUGGGAAGAGUGCAACAGGAAACACCAUCUUAGGAAGAGAAGCAUUUAAAACAGAAGAAUCUUUUGCAUCAGUGACCAGGGAAUGUCAGAGUGAAACAGCUGAAAUUAAUGGCAGAAACAUCAUUGUGAUUGACACUCCAGGACUGUUUGAUACUGAACUCAGUCAUGAAGACAUCAAGAGAGAAAUCACUAACUGCAUCUCAAUGUCACUGCCUGGACCUCAUGUGUUCAUUAUUGUGUUGAAUAUAGGACAACGUUUCACUCAAGAUGAGGCGAAAUCAGUGAAGAUCAUUCAGGAGAUGUUUGGUGAAAAGUCUUUAAUGUACACCAUGGUGCUCUUCACCAGAGGAGAUGACCUGCAGGAUAAAACCAUUGAAGCGUGUUUGGGAAAACCAGGAUCUGUCAUUAGAAACCUGAUUGAAGAGUGUGGAAACAGAUUCCAUAUGUUCAAUAAUAAUGAGACUAGAGAUCACACACAGGUUUCUGAUCUACUGGAGAAAAUAGAUGCCAUGGUGACAGCAAACGGAGGCAGUUACUACUCAUGUAAGAUGUUCAGACAAAUGGAGAGAGAUCUACAAGAAAAACAAAUUAACAUACUGAUGGAGAAAGUCGAGAAACUGAACAGAGAGAGGGAACUCUUGACCAAACAAGAAGAAGAGAGAAACAUGAGAGAAAAGCAACAAAAGACUUUUGAAGAAAAACUGAAACUCAUUGAGGAACAGAGAGAAGAUGAACUAAAGAGAAAACAAGCAGAGUGGAGAGAAGAGAUGAAGAAGAUCUGGACUGAAACACGUGAUUCAGUAGAGGUCGUAGCAAAAAAGAGACUGGAGAUAGAAUACAGCAAGUGGACCUGGAGUCUUCGCAGUGUCAUGCUGGAAAUUGAGAACAAACUACACAACAAAAUAAAAAAUCAAGCAAUUCAUGAGGUUCAGGAAACUGAUCUUCAAAGAGAACUAAAAGAGAAAAGUGAAGAAGUGAAAAAAUCAAUGUCUGAAUUCUUUGAAAAAGACAUAUUUGCAGAUGUAUUAAUUCAGUGGAAAAUUUCAUUUGAAAUCAAAAUCAAAGAUGUUCAGGAAAACUUUGUGAAAGGCACAAAGAAGAAAUUAAAUAAUAUUCUUCAGCAGCGAGACCUGAAGGAAAAGAUGAUUGCUCAGAAGACACAUCAUGAAAACACUCUCUUUGAAAAGAGCAAAGAACUUGCCUUAAAACUCAAAGACAAAUCCAUUGAUGAAGGAACACUGAAGAAAGUGUUUGAUUCCUUUUGGAAAGAGUGGAUGAAUGAGACCAUCAGAGACACUCCUGCAGUCGAAGACAUUGACAUAUUAAGAGAUGUGAAACAACUCCUCAGUGACAUCUAUGAAAGUGCAGCUGUAAAUCACUGGACAAGCAGGGAUAUUUUUUCUGUGCCGAGUUAUUCAGAUUAUGUACGGUUAAAUAUAUCCAGUGCAAUUACAGGACAUGUUAGAAAUCUCUACAGAACAGCUAAACAGAAGCUUGGUUAUGUUCUGUAUAAAGAGGAUGAAAUUCAGAUAAGAACUUUAAUCAAUGACAUAGCUCAAGAGACAGACAAAAUGAUCAUGUCAUUUAACAUUGUAAAGAUUGGCUACAACAUCAGCUACAUUCAUGAACUCACAGAAUACAUCAAGACAAGAGUAACAGAACAUGAGGAAGGACUAGGGAAGUAUGUGUUCAAGAAGGAAUUCCACAUGGAUUUGGUGCUUUCAGUCUGUCAGAGAGCAAACAAGACAUUCACUGACCAACACAAACUGUUCAGAGACGCCAAUGAUCCUGUAAUAUAUUUUGAAAGGAAGAGAGAAGAGUACUACAGUGUUUUCCAGAAAUGUUGUCAUGGUUCAACAUCAGCUGCUGUAUUUGGUGAGAUCAUCUGUCAGAAACUGAAAGAGCCCAUCGAACAGAGUGUCUACAAAAAGACUGCCAGAGAUUUAGCAGAUGAAAUGAGGACAAACUGUGAAUCACUGAAUGGAAACAGAUCUAAACUGGAGAAACACAUCCUGAAGACACUGGCAGAAGAGGAGGAUUUUGACAAAUACAUGAACUACAUUCAUAAUCCCAAAGAUCACUUCAAGAGUUUCAUCAGAGAUGAAGUCAGUCAGUACAUCACUGAUAAGUUCAGUGUCAGUGUUCUGCCCAAGAUGAUGAAGAACAUGAAACUCCUGCAGCAGAAGAUCAUGGAAGCAGCUCAUGAAUCUACUGAACAUGUUAAAGUGAACAGUGGAGAUGUUGAUUUGUGGUUGAAGUGUUUCACACAGAAGCUCUCAGAUGUGCUGAUUCUCUCUGCAAAAGACCUCAGUGGAGUGAGUCAUGAUGAUGUUGAUAUCAAACUACUAGAAGAUGUGAUCAGAAAAGAACUUCCUUCAGUAAUAUCUGACAUAAGCAGUAAAUUCAGUACAGAAACUUUCACAGUGAAGCUGAACUGUAAGUACAGACCAGCUGAGAUUCUGAUUGAUCACUUGUGUCAGUGUUGUUGGGUUCAGUGUCCUUUCUGUGGAGCUGUCUGCACCAACACAAUAGAAGACCAAGAAGGAGAUCACAGUGUUCCUUUCCAUCGAGUCAAUGGCAUUAAUGAAACAAGAAAUCUGUCUGUUAACAUUUGCACAACAGCAGUAGCAAGUGAUCAAUAUUUUUAUCCUAAAAACUCAUAUGAUUUAGUUCUCUUUAAAGAAUACAGAAGAGCAGGUCCUGAAUAUGCAAACUGGAGCAUCACUCCUGACCUCUCUGAGCUGCUGUACUGGAAGUGGUUUGUGUGCAGAUUCCAAAAAGAUUUGGAAAAAUACUAUAGGAAAACAUUUGAGGGGAUUGGUGAGAUUCCAGAUGUAUGGAGACAAUCCACAAAACAGGAAGCUAUUGAGAGUUUAGAUAGGUACAUGUAG